ACAACUCCCAUCCACUUAUUCUUGCUCGCCGCCGCCACCACCAACACUUGCUCUCAUUCAACCUCCUCGACAACAACUGAUCUGAUGGCCCCAGGCUCUUUUUACUACGCGAGCAAUCGCCCGUUGCAACCGCCCAUCGGCACUCCAGUCCAGCCUCCGGCUGUUAGCUCGAGCAACAAUGGCGGCCCUGACGCAUUCGAUAAGGCUGAACUCUGGGCCCGCAUUGAGAACGUACUGCAGGGAGACCAAACCAAGACUAACCUGAUCCAAGAGCUUAUGUAUAGGUACGAAUAUCUCUCGGACAAGCUUGAUCAAUAUUCCUCCGCGGGGGGCCCGGAACUUCAAUGGGCGAAUGAAAAGAGGAUGUACGAGGCACGUCUUCAUAACGUUCAAACCGCCCUGUCGUGCAAUCCAUUCGUGGUACUCCUCGUCGAUGGGGACGGCAUGAUCUUCGAGAAUGAUUUCGUUGCUAUGGGCGAAGCAGGCGGACGCAAGGCCGCCGCAGAACUGCACAAGGCUGUCGAGUUGUACGUGGAGAAUGAGACUAAGAGUAUACCCAUGGAAUCCCGCAUCAUUUGCCGCGUAUAUGCGAACGUCAAAGGCCUGGCCGACGUGCUUGUGCGUUCCGGCAUUGUUGAAGACGCCAGUGUGUUCGAGAGUUUCGUCCAAGGAUUUACUCGUGGGAAGAUUCUCUUUGAUUUUAUCGAUGUUGGUCCUGGCAAAGAUCGCGCUGACGAAAAGAUCAUUGAAACUUUCAAACUCUACAUCAACGAUUUUCAUUGUCGUCAAAUCUUCUUUGGAUGCUCCCACGACAAUGGGUUCGCUCGCGCACUUGAAGAGUACAUGAACGACGCAGCUUACGUCUCCAAGGUCACGUUGCUCGAAGGCGUUCCGUUCGAGAAGGAGCUGCUUGCCCUGCCAUACGCCACUAAGAAAUUUCCAGGCAUCUUCCGCGAGUCUAAGCUGAUCAACCCAUCAGUGCCGGGCGCGACUACUCCCAAAAUUUAUAACAUCAUGCCUGGUCUGCCCCCUCAUUUUCCCCCACAUAAUGUUGGUCACAAACCAGACCUGUUUCGUACUCCCUCAACAUCCACGUUGGCAUCGGAUGGAUUUCCCGUCACUACGAAACCAUUGCUUAAUUGGGCUGCAAAAGCGGCAGCGCCGCCACCAGUAGCUUCGCCGAAGCCAACAUACGCUCCUGUCAAUCGCGACGAAGUGGUUGCUCGAAACCGGAUCGGACAGCGUGUAGAUCCUCCAACAAGGGAUUACGACAAGACUGAAGUCGACCGAAUCAAGAAUAUGAAAUUGUGCAAUGUUCACUUCUUGCGCCAGGGGUGUCCUUUUGGCGAAAAUUGCACACACAUUCACGACUUCAACCCAUGUGCGAAUGAGAUUGCCGUUCUGCGCCUCGUGGCCCGAAUGGCACCUUGCAUACACGGCAGUGGAUGUCAGGACGUCAAAUGCAUAUACGGUCAUCGAUGCCCUGCGCCUCGCUCGAAAAACAAUCCGGCUAAAGGCACCAAGACAUGCAUCUUCGGUGACACAUGCAAGUUUCCCGUUGAGCUACAUGAUAUCGAUUGUAACGUGGUUAAAACUCUCGUGAUUCGCUAA